AUGCCGGAGGUCUCCGCUGAGCUGAACCGCACUCUGCCCGCAGCUGUGGCCCCCGACCACAGCCUCCCCGCGCUCAUAUUCGGGGUCGUACUGAUCGUGACCGUCACCUGUGGGAACGUGCUCGUGUGUAUCAGCGUGUACCUGGAGAAAGCUCUGAAAACCACCACCAACUACUUCAUCGUCAGUUUGGCGUUUUCGGACCUGCUGCUGGCGGUUCUGGUCCUGCCGCUGUUCGUCUACGCAGAGGUAAGAACCGGACUAACGGGGGUCAGAGGGGUCAGGGGUCCCUGUGGAGGGGGGCCCGAGUCUGCAGUCAUCACAAAAACCAACGACCUGGUUUUAGUGUCUGAAAAAGUUCAGAGUAAGAAGAGAUGGAGCAGAAGUAAGACAACAAUAAGACAAAAGACAAAUAAAUAAAAAUAAAAUAAUAAAUAAAUAAAAAUAAUAAAUAAAUGAAAAUAAAAUAAUAAAUAAAUAAAAAUAAAAUAAUAAAUAAAUAAAAUAAUAAAUAAAUAAAAAUAAUAAAUAAAUAAAUAAAUAAAAAUAAUAAAUAAAUAAAUAAAAAUAAUAAACAAAUUAAAUAAACAGAGUUUGAGAAACAGCAGUAAGAACAACAUGAUCAUGAAGAGCAAAACACACACCUGCACAAAUUUACCUGAAACUUUCCAAGAGUUGAACUUAGGGCUGGACGAUAAAACGAUAACCAUAUAUAUUGAAAAUUAAUUUCCCUCAAUAUCAAUAUAAAACCUGAUCAAUAUCCUUUCCGAUAGUUAUCAUCCUGUCAUGUUUUGGUCGACUAUACGAACAGUCAAUGAAAAGGGGAGUUUCUCCGGGUCUGAACCAAUCAUGUUCUGAAUUAGAACCAAGUAUCAACCAACUGCAGCGUCGUAGCAGACAGCAGCUCCACCCAACCAUAGCACUUUAACAGGUGAAGCCGACAGCACUGUUGGUGAGAAACAAAGAAAAUGAGUGCUACCCCCGACAGAAAUGACCAUGAAGGCUCAACAGAUGACCACAUCAAUGUCAACCACAACACUGGCGUUAGGAAAACGUCGGUGGUGUGGAGGUAUUUUGGUUUUUGGAGGUCGGACAUGAAGCAGAGUAAUGUGGACUGUAAAUUAUGUCGAGUACAUGUUCUCACAAAGUCGGGGAAUACCUCAAAUCUUUUUCACCACCUGAAGCAGCGCCACGCCGCAGAGCACGCGCAACGCCAAAGGUUACAAACCCCGAGAGGAGCGAGGAGCCCAUGGCGCCUGAAACAGACGACCAUUCAGUCGUCUUUCUCUAGAGCGACGCCUUACGACAAAACGCCAAAGAGACACAAAGACCUCACAGAUGCAGGAGAUUAUUGUGUUGGAAAAGACAUUAGACCAAUAAACACUGUUAGAUUUUUAGAUCCUGAUAUUGAUCCAUAUCAGCUGAUAGGAAAACAAAUAUAUCCUGAUAAACUCGCCCGGCCCUCGUUGAACUUAAGUUUAGAUUUUUUGGUUUGUUUAAAUACUGAACCUGAAAUAUUCAAACUAGUUAAUUUGUCAAAAUCUUUAGACUUUUUUUUCUAUUUCUGUCAGAAAGCGUCAGGAGAAGCAGAAAAAAAAUGACCGUCUGAAAUUAAAACUAAGAAUUUUAACAAACAGCAGAACCUCCAGGUUCUACUGCAGCCGGAACAACAACCAAACGGGUCAGAACUUCUUACAGAGGAAGAACCAAACGGGUCCAAACAUGUGGAGGAACAUCUUUAACGGCUGAGGUGACUGUCCAUCAGGUUAGUCACAUGACCGGGUCUAAGACGGACCUUCAGACAGGCGGACUCUCUCAGGUGGUUCAGACCAUCAUCAUCAUCAUGGACCUGGUUCUAACGGAGACCCUGCAGACCAGGUUUUAGUCUGAGCGCUCACACAAUGGGGUCUCCAUGGUCUCCAGAUCUUCGUCUCCCUCUUCAGAUGUAAAUGAACUCCAUUCAAAGUCUCCUUCUGUUUGUGGAUCCAAGUGAUGGUUGCCGUGGAGACGCUGGGGUCCUUAAGGUGGUCCAGAAGGGUUCACUCCCUCACAGACCGCCUCCAGAUGUGGACUGAGGAUCUCACUGGAAAAAAGAGGAAAACUAAAAACGAGAUAAAAACACUAAAUGAAAUGAUCUGUCCGUGCAGCAAGAUCAUUUCACAAGAUUUCAUGAGUGAAGACUGUUCAGUCUAGAAAUCAGCAUCUCUACAAACAUAUCUGGAAGGAUUAAAGUCAGACAAAAACGCUGGUUUUAAGAUCAGAUUACUUCAAAUUUUAAAGACCUGAAAAAAGUGAAAUAUACUAAAUAACAGCAGAAAAUAAGCAGAAAAUGCCGAUUUUAAGAUCAGAUUAUAACUUUAACAGCCCUAAAAUAAGUGAAAUAUACUAAAUAUAAUCAAUGACAUAUUUAUUUUUCUUCCUUUGAUCAAAUGUUGCAAAAAAGAGCAGUACGGAUUAUCACCAAUUCAACUUACAGAGAACCAUCAAAUAAAUUAUUCAUUAAAUUAAGAGCAUUAAAAUUUAAGGACCUGGUGGACUACAAAACAGCACAGACCAUGUACAAAGUACAUAAUAAUUCAUUGCCAUGUAAAAUUGUCAACAUGUUUAAAAAAAGGGAAUGUAAAUAUGAGCUCCGUGGGACACAUUUGAUGGAAAAAAUAAAAACCAGAACCAAGACCAAAGAACAGUGGACUUCGGUUAAAGGUGUGAAUUCAUGGAACGCCCUUGAUGAUGAAUUAAAAACGUGUCAGACUAUUCACAAAUUCAAAUCGUUGUUUAAAAGCAAGGUGAUCGAAAAUUAUAGAAAAAAUGAUUGAGGUUACGGAUUAAUUUAUAUUCUGGAUUUAAUUUGAUUAAUAUUUAUUUUUAUUUAUUUUUUUCUUUCUUCUGAGUCAUCUUUUAUUCUUUGUUUUGUUUUUGUUUUCUAUCUAACGUGUGGAGUAAGAUGUUUUGAAUAUUUUGAUUUAGUAAGAAGGAUAGGCGAUAAUAAGCUCUUGCUUCAGCCUAUGCCUUUUCGGUCCGGUUUUCUUUUCUUGUAAUUUACUGUAUAUAUUGAAUGGAUAUGACCAGAUCGAAAUAAACUUCAAACUUCAAUGAAGCUGAAGAUUAGUUCAAGAAAACAUAGAAAUGUGGAGAUUAAAUACUCAGUAUUAGUGAAGAAUGACUGAAGGCUUACUUCAUCUGAAAACUAUAUUCCUUUGGAUGAGACGAGAACUGAUUUGAACAGUUAUUUUUCUCAUGUGAAGAUUUCCUGACUGUUGGAGACAAACAGAAGAGAAGGUUGUUGGAGAGAAGAUUACAGUGGAAACUUAAAGACUCUGAAAACAGCAGAGAUGAUCCAACACUUCUGGAUCUACGUUUGGGUUUGUCCCGGUAAGAACUGAAUCAGGUGUGAGAAAACAGAGCGUUAAGAUCAGACAGGACUCUGGAGUGGACAUCACCACAUGGACGCGUGUGAAAGUGUCCGUUAAAUAAGGACUGUCCGUUUACUCCGUGUAUGAGAGGAGAUGACCACAACAGGUAAACAUGCUUUUGAACCAGGAUGACGGGCUCUGCUCAGGUGUGCUCCGUAGAUAAUAACAGCAUGUCCAGGUGAUGGGAGGCUGCAGGUGUAUUUUAGAGCUGCUAUUAAAAGCCACCUGUCGCUCGUCUCUUGACCUGAAAACGUCAUCAGCUCAGAGGAUUCCCCUUUAAGUCCACAGGUGUGUUCGUCAUCUCUUCACCUGGGUCACGGCGGCAGCAGGUAAACCCCCUCAGAGGAGCGUCCACGGUCUGUCCGUGGAUUAGAGGAGGAGUCAGGACGGGAGGGAAAAUGUGGGAGUUCACCUCCGGAGGAGUCAGAGAGGAGAAAGUGUUUCUGCUGCGGAGGAAUGUUUGUCUGCAGGCUGAUCCGCUGUGGUGCAAACUAAAGAGGAUUACAGCUAAUGACUCUGUGUGUGUGUGUGUGUGUGUGUGUGUGUGUGUGUGUGUGUGUGUGCAGUUUCAGGGUGGAGUCUGGUCCUUGAACAUGCUGAUGUGUGACGGCCUGAUGACCAUGGAUGUGAUGCUGUGCACGGCCUCCAUAUUCAACCUGUGUGCCAUCAGCGUGGACAGGUGUGUGUGUGUGUUUGUGUGUGUCUGUGUCUGUGUGUGUGUGUGUGUUUGUGUGUGUCUGUGUGUGUGUGUGUCCGUUUGUGUGUGUGUGUCUGUGUGUGUGUGUGUCUGUGUCUGUCUGUUUGUGUGUGUCUGUGUGUGUGUGUUUUAAUAAAGUGAUCUUAAGUUGGGUUUAAAACUCUUUUAAAGGUGUUGUAGUCAGGAUCUGAGUUAGUUCCAGUUUUUAGGAGAAAUCUUGAAUGUAAACUCUACCCCUCCAAACCAGUUUUCCCCUCAGCUCCUCCUCUCCUCUUAAGCCCCGCCCACAAACAGACGCUCCUGCUCGCUCGUAUCGUUCCAGUUAAAUUCAGAUAUAAUGCAGAUAAAUCCUUCAGAUCAUUACAAAUGGGGCCCAGUCAAGGUGAAAGUCAAAAGCAUUGGUGCUACUGUAGAUGCCAACAGACUACCAGCAAACACAAUGUUUGCAGGACUUCUACAACGAGGAUAAAGUGACAUAGUCCAGGACCCGAGGGAGGACAGUUUAGCGAUGGCGCUACAACACGCUACAGCAGGUCCGUUUGACAAGAAACACUUCUGUUACAGACACUGUUUAUCACGCAGUUGAACAUGAAUCCGCGGGUUCUUCUUCUUCUUCUUCUUCUGAUCGGCCUCACAAACGGAUCUGAAUUGGCGAAUCGCUGCUCCUCCACAUGUGGUGAAAAUGGACAGAUUUGACUGUUUUAAAAACGCUGCGUGAUAAAAAGUCGUCUUGACUUUGUUGGUAAAAUCCGGACAUGGAGCGCUGAGGGGAGGAGUGGAUCUGUCUUUUAUCACCUGCUGUUUGUCGUCCUGCAGGUUCAUCGCCGUGUCCAUCCCUCUGAACUACAACCGUAAACACGUGGACCACCGUCAGCUCAUCCUGCUGGCAGCCACUUGGUUACUCGCCCUCGCCGUGGCUUCACCCGUCAUCUUCGGUAUCAACAACGUUCCUGACCGCGACCCCAGUGAGUGCAAACUGGAGGACAACAACUACGUGGUUUACUCCUCCGUCUGCUCCUUCUUCAUCCCCUGUCCCAUCAUGGUCCUCCUCUACUUCGGGGUCUUCAGGGGGCUGCAGCGCUGGGAGGAGGCUCGCAAGCUUAAACUACGCAACAGCAUCGAGGCCUGCAGGAAGCUGCAGCACGCCGCCGUCGCCACCGCCCUCCCCCCGCUGACAGGCACCAUCCCCGGGCCGCUGCCGAUGCCUCUGCCUCGGAUCAUCGAGAGGGACCUGGCCCAGUGUCGGCUCGACGACACGGACGACGACAUGCAGCAGGAGAUCCCGUAUCCCCGCCAGUACAGAGAGAACUCCGUUCCCACGGUAACGUUCAGCGAGCAGCUGACCAGGAAGAAGAGAGCGAAGAUCAACAGCCGCGAGAGGAAGGCCAUGAGGGUGCUUCCUGUGGUCGUGGGUGAGUUCUCGAGUUCUGAUCCGUCUUCUUCCUCUAACUGACCCGGUAAACCCGGGACGCCUGCAGGUCUACGGUCCGAGUCCGUCAGCUGCUCACUCUAAUAAAGUUUACAGAACUCUGAUGGUUCAGGAUCUGAGGCAUCAUGGUCUCAUCAGGACCAGGAUCCUGAAAGGACCAAGUCCAUCAUGUAGACCAGAUUCCAUCAGGCAGUCAUCCAGGUCACGGUGAUCCAGUUCUUCUUUGAAGGGGAACUGGGUCUAAGUGAGUCCAGUUCUGGGAUCUUUCACGAAUCGAAGGGCGUGGCGUCUCCUCACGCUCACAACUCGCCAUGAAACAGGAAGUGGUUCCAGUUCCUUUAGACAUAAUUUGUUGAGAUGAUUACGGUCCACCUCUGAACACCGCCCUGUGCUCAUAGCGCCACCCUGUGGAGAUAAAUGGUAGUAACCUUCACACCUGUUGUUGAUUGCUGAUGGUCCCAGCCUGAAUCAGUUUCUCUGUGUUUAUCUGAUCUGGUCUGAGUAGGUCUUCAUAGGAGGUGAGUGGCUAGAUCGGCUGAAAAGUCUGAUCUGGAUCUGAGUCCGUUCGUCCGACAAAGUCUUGUCUGUCGGCACACGGCGGUGGUCGUUUCAGUCCCUGAGGUUAAAGACGACGUCAUCGAAGCCGACGGCGUCAAAGAGCGGCGUGGAUUUAGAGGUCAUGUAAAGAUCAGAGGAUGACCUGUCUCUUUGUCUCCCUGCAGGUUGCUUCCUGUUCUGCUGGACGCCGUUCUUCGUGGUCCACACGACGCGAGCCGUCUGUCUGAGCUGCACGAUUCCUCACGGCCUGAUGAGCACCGUCACCUGGCUCGGCUACGUCAACAGCGCCCUGAACCCCAUCAUCUACACCGUCUUCAACACCGAGUUCAAGAAGUUCUUCAAGAAAUGUUUCCAGAGCUUCUGCUGACCCACUCUGGAGGGGGAAACGGCGAGCUCCGCCUCCACUGGAGCCAAUCAGGCGCUCUCUGGGCUGGAAUGAUGCUGACACACAGACUCAGCUGGGGUCACAUGAUGUGGUUCUGGAUCCUGAUUGGUUCCUGCUCACUGACUCUCGCCUCUUUUCAGAGUUUGUUUUCUGUCUGAACCCGGGUCGGGUCGGGUCGGGGUCUCAGACUUCAGUCUCUGAAGGUCAGAGGUCAGAGGUCAGAGAGUCUGGAACAGAGGAGAGCGAUGUCCUGAUGGAGAAACUCCGACGACAGCAGAAGAAGACCGUCUUCUAAAGUCUUAAAGGAACAGUUCCACAUUUUUCCUCCACUCAGUACUCAGUUAGCUUAGCUUAGCUUAGCGCAGUGACCUCUGACCUCUGAACUGUGAGGGAG